AUGGCAGUUUCUUUAAACACUCUCAAUGAAGAAGACCUCAAGGCAAUGGAAAAUGGGGGAGCAGACCCCGUUUUAUACAAAGGCAAUGAUAUAGAGUUUGUUUAUAAUAAAUUAAAUUUAGGAGGAGGGAAAUUAUUCAUAUUAGAGAAAAAAGUAAUUUGGGUGAGAAAUAAAAAUGAAUAUAAAAAAGAGAAAGUAACAAGCUUUAAGGAAUUAUCAACAAAUAAAAUAUAUUUGAAGCAUUAUGAAAAGAAUAAAAAUUUCUAUUUACACCUUUUAAAUGACGUUAAUAGCAUUAGUAUAGACUCUUCGAACAUUGCCUUGCAUGCAAUAACUUCUGAUAAAAAUAUAUGCAAUAGUUCUUGCGUGUACAUACAAUUAAAUUCAGAUUUGUCAAGUACUUUUCAAAAUGAUAAAAAUGAUGAUGAUGAUGAUGAUGAACAGAACUCUUUAAAAAGUGAUAAUGAAAAUACAAAGUCGGAUGAGGAUACUAAUAUACUAAAUGAUGAAACUAUAACACCUGAAAUAUUGCUAGUGAGUAAGAAUAACUCAUCUAAUGAUGAAAUUUUUCGUCAGUUAAGUAACAUGGACAAUUCGUUUAAGGAGCAAGACGAUGAUGAAGAGGAUGAUGAGGGAGAAUAA